AUGUUAGCGCGGCCUGCUUCUUUGAAUGCUGCGUUGAACUUGUGGCGGAGGCGCAAAACAUGGCCGGGAUUUCAACCACAGACUGGACAGAAACUGAGCAGGGGAUGGCCUGGCGCCAUGCGGUCAUUCAUUUAUGCAUCACGCGACUUUCUGAGAGCCCUUGAUGCCCUGAACCAAGCCAAAGAGAAAGCAAAACGGCCUAUCAGGUUGUGCCUUGCCAUACUCUUUGCCCUGGAGGACAGCUUCGGAGGUACGAAAUAUGCUCGGCUAACAAGCAGUGACACUCGCUUAAUCAAGGAAUAUAAGAAGAGGAGCCAAAACCGAGGGACACAUUGA